GUCGAACAAAGCAUGUGUCUGAGCUGAGUCGGAAUGUGCUGGCUAUGGUGGAUUCUCAGUUGAUGACUGAUCAGGUGGGGUCCGUUGGCGAAGAUUCCUCCAAAGCGCCGACGGGAGCACAGGUCGAUUUUGAGCAGCCGCGAGUGGGGUCCAACAGUGCGACUUCGUACGUAGACUGGGUACAACUGUGUGACGACUGCCAAAUACUCGCAGAUCUCAAGCUAUCGGAUGUGGAGCUCAUGCGCAAGUACACCCAUGCCAGGCCACGCAUACGUCUGCUAGCCGUGAAUGAGAUACGAUACUUGCUGCUAGAUGUUCCUGCGGACGGGGCCAGUGAAGUGCCACUACUAUACGACGACGGUGUACGACGUGCACUGGCAACUGAGGACACACCGGUGAGUGGUCUAAAUAGCACCGGUGGUAGUCAGGACUGGAUGAGUACCGCCAAGGCGACUCCUACCACCGACACAGAGGAGAGUGUAAGUAAAGUCCUGGACGCAUACGUGAACCACAAGCUCAAGCUUGCGGAUGGGUGUGUGUCUGAGUCGUCUGGGGGUAAUGGCAGGGUCGGGGGUGUGGGGUGUAUGGGAGAUGGUACAGGCAGUGGGAGAGGGGCAGGCGAACGGACCCGGACAGAGACUGAAGCUAGUCCCGAUGCGCCGGGUUUAGGUGCAAAAGUGACCUCGAAUUCAACUGGGGGGACUGGUUUGACCCGUCCCACGAGUUCCGGCACGGGUACGGGUACUGGUACUACUAUGAAUACAAAUACAAAUACGAAUACGAAUACAAACUCGAGUGUGAGCACACAGCUGGUGACAGACACACAGACACGCACGGGCACGCACACGCAGGUGACUACACACACCGUUACGACCACCACUACAACUACGUACACAGACACGCUCACAGCCACCACCACGUACAUGAACACCAAUGUCAAUACUAACCAUAACACCAACACAAACACCAAUAGCAAUAGCAACACAAAUAGCAAUAGCAAUAGCGGUAGACUAUUAGUUGGGGGUGAUAGGGGAUGUGGGAUCACAACAGGCACAGACACUGUAGAAGGCGGUGAUGACGGGUCAGGGUUAGAGACAGAGGAUGGGGGGUGUUCCGAGGGGGUGGUUAUAGCGGGGGGUGGGAAUAGAACAAUAGAUACCCGCAAACCUGCGACUACAGACGAGGAUGCGAAUGUCUGUGUGCGUAUGAACACAGACACAAACUCAAACUCAAACACAAAUACAAACACAAACACCAAUACGAAUACGAACACCAACUCCACUACAAUCCACCACUCGCGUGAGGGCACACACGAACACCACAACUUAAACUCGAACCCCAAUCCCAACCCCAACAUGAACAAGAACACCAACCGAAACAUCAACAUCAACAUCAACACCAACCGCAACACCAACACCACUGCCUGUGCGGCCACACACCCCAUCGCACACAGAGAGAUGCCCCAAGCAGGACUUCAUGACACCUAUCCAAUAAGCCGUGACUCAGCGGAGGCUGCCUCCGCUGAGUUGUCCGGUCUUACGCACCUGUCCGGGUGCACCGAAACGGACCGAAACGGACCGCGUGAGGGAAUAAGCGCCAGUGCACGCCAAAUAAGCAACCAGGACUUCAACGGAGAUGGGGGCGCUGAGCCUCCGCAUACGGACUCGGCCGAGGACGUUGCUAGGCAACCACGCCAAGGGGAAGCUCAAGAGACACCCCCGUCACACGGACAAAGACUGGGGUUGGAGUGUGAGCAGUUGAUUGUGAUCCGCGGGACGGAUUUCUACAAACUGAAACAC